AUGAAGGCGCACUCUUUCAUCCCUUUUAUCGUUUCCUACGUUCUGGUCGCCACAUCGUCCUCUCAUGCUGGUGGACAUCUUCGUCGAAACUCCUUCUCAUCGCCAAAUGGCAUGAAGAUGCAGCCCGUCCCGGCUAUGACCUCGCCAUCUGGCAGUUCAGUCACAGGUUUGAUGAACAUACAAGACAGUUAUUAUUUCUUGAACAUCACUCUUGGCGGCUCUGUGUUUACGGUGCAACUGGACACGGGCUCGACAGAUCUUGUUCUCUCCCCCGAUCGCCCCAUUAAAACUACAUCCGUAAUCAAGGGCUCCAACGUCACCGAUAUGUAUGGGACGGGGUUCUUUUCGGGCACUCUCGCUUUCGCUGACCUCGAAGUCGGUGGACAAGUUAUCAAAUCCCAAGUCUUUAUCAAUGCGACGUCGGUCGGUGAUUUUCAGACGGAGAGCAUGUUCCCAUUAGGCAUCCGCGGCAUCCUAGGGGCCGAACUUAGCUCAUAUCAAUUCUCCGGGAUCCGCGACGAGCUCAACGAUCGGUACGGAGCUCAGAAAGGAGGGGAGUUAGGGCGAAACAUCCUCGCCAACAUCUUCAACCAACACCCGAAUCUGGGCAAUUUUACCACUAUCGUGCUCGGCCGCAGCGACGAUGGCGAGAGCGCCGGGGAAAGCUACUUUGCGAUCGGAGAGUACCCCGAGCGCCUCAAAGAUUCAUUCUCCAAUACCGCCUACAUCGAUACCAUCAUUCCAACCGACUUCGAUCUUUUCGCGGACACUGUCUCUGUCAACGGGAAAGCAGUCUCUCUAAACUCUUCGAUCCGCGGAGUACCGCGCGGUAAGGCGAUCGCAAACCUUGAUAGCGGGACCAGCACGGCGCUGGUGCCCAGGAGCGUGGUCGAUGCCAUGUAUGGUGGUAUACCUGGUGCAUUGUACAGCGAUCCUGAUCAGACUUGGAUCGUGCCAUGUCUUGGGGACGCUCCCAACAUCACAAUCACCCUCGGUGGCAAGGAAGUGUACAUCCACCCUCUCGAUCUCACUACCGUCCUUGAUCUCCGACCUGAUGACAACUUUACGGUCUGCAUGGGGACCUUCUCUGUGCUUGACUCAGCCUUUGCAGCUGAUGUUGGAGUCGACUGGAUCUUGGGCGACAGCUAUCUGCGAAACGUAUACACGUCAUACUACUACGGCAGCUUCAACGCUACGGGGGGUCUCGUCAAGUCGCCGGCUCUCAAGCUGAUACCAGCGAUAGAUGCAGACGACAUUGACGCAACGUACUCCGACUUCCUGACUCGUCGUCGUCAGAACUUGGCUUCAUUGGCACCGGAAGGCACGCAAGCGCAGAUCAAGAAGCGUAUUGCUGAAGCAACGGCCAACGCUAGCGCUAGCGCGGCUGCUGUCGAGAACAUUGCUUCAGGAGGCAGCAGCGACUCGGUCGGAGGCUCGUACCAAUCGCUUCUCAACAAGCUCGACGUCUUUGGGCCCAUCGUAUUUGGACUGCUUGGCGCGAUCUUCGUCGUCCUUCUUGGUCUACUGGGAGUAGGCGUCACAUUGUGCAUACGACGCGGUCGUACUGUCGGUGUCGUGCGCUCUGCGGAUACAAUGUAUGCGCCGGUGACAGCGCCUAUGCGCUUCAAGGAGCCUGUGCCCGAGUACCGAGACGAGGAGAAUGCCUCGUACGGGCAAUGA